AUGGAAUGUUUAGCUCACAGAGCCCCAGCGCCUGUCGCGCUCGCGAACCCCAAGGUCGAGCACAGGCUUCCUGCUUCUUCCGCGUCGCUUAAGUUCGCCGCUAGCCCCGCUCUUGGUAGCAAGCUCGUGGCGAAAACUCGUCAAGCUGCACGUGCGAGCCAGCCGCAGCUUCGGCGAACCACCCCUCGCUGCGAAGCCGCACCAGAAGGCGCUGCUCUCACAGCUCCUGAAAAGAAAUCCUCAAGCGACGAUACCAUUCAGCAGUUUCUGCAGCGUGAUUACAAGUACGGGUUCGUGUCGAACAUCGAGAAUGUCCAGAUUCCCAAGGGAUUGACGGAGGAGACAGUGAGGCUGAUUUCGGCGAAGAAGAGGGAGCCGGAGUGGAUGCUGGAGUUCCGUUUGAGUGCGUUCCGACAAUGGCAGAAGAUGACCGAACCUGAGUGGUCGGACAAUCGCUACCCUAAGAUUGACUUCCAGGACGUGAUUUACUACUCGGAGCCGAAGCAGAAGGAGACCAAGGCGUCGCUGGACGAGGUCGACCCGGAGCUGCUGGCGACCUUCGACAAGCUCGGCAUCUCCAUCUCGGAGCAGAAGCGCCUCGCGAACGUCGCCGUCGACGUCGUCUUCGACUCCGUCUCCAUCGCGACGACCUUUCGCGAAGAGCUCGCGAAAGCCGGCGUCAUCUUCUGCUCCAUCUCCGAGGCCGUCCGGGAGUACCCGGACCUCGUCCGGAAGUAUCUGGGGAAGGUCGUACCCGUCGCGGAUAACUACUACGCCGCUCUCAACUCCGCCGUUUUCAGCGACGGGAGUUUCUGCUACAUUCCUAAAGACACGAUCAGUCCCAUGGAGCUCAGCACGUACUUCCGUAUCAACGCCAUGGAAACCGGUCAAUUUGAGCGUACCCUAAUCGUGGCGGAUGACCGGAGCUAUGUGAGCUACCUGGAGGGGUGCACGGCGCCUUCGUACGAUAAGAAUCAGCUGCACGCGGCGGUGGUGGAGCUGUGGACGGGCGAGGGCGCGGAGAUUAAGUACUCGACGGUGCAGAACUGGUACGCGGGCGACAAGGACGGCGUGGGCGGGAUCUACAACUUCGUCACCAAGCGCGGGCUGUGCGAGGGCAAGAACUCCAAGAUCUCCUGGACGCAGGUGGAGACGGGGUCCGCCAUCACGUGGAAGUACCCCUCUGUGGUGCUCAAGGGCGACAACAGCUCCGGCGAGUUCUACUCCGUGGCGCUCACCAACAACAAGCAGCAGGCCGACACCGGCACCAAGAUGAUCCACGUGGGGAAGAACACGCGCAGCCGCAUUGUAUCCAAGGGCAUCUCAGCAGGGCAGUCGCUCAACUGCUACCGGGGGCUGGUGCAGGUGCAGCCCACAGCACAUGGAGCGCGCAACUACUCUCAGUGCGACUCCAUGCUUAUUGGGGAUAACGCCGGCGCUAACACAUACCCUUACAUCCAGGUGAAGGAUCCGACGGCUCGAGUGGAGCAUGAAGCAUCCACGUCUAAGAUUGGGGAGGAUCAGCUCUUCUACUUCCAACAAAGAGGAAUCGACGCCGAGAAGGCAGUGGGCAUGCUCAUCAGCGGCUUCUGCCGUGAGGUGUUCAACGAGCUGCCUCUGGAGUUUGCCUCUGAGGUCAACCAGCUCAUGAGCCUCAAGCUCGAGGGCUCUGUUGGUUAA